CGUGAAUAAACACGGAAGUGUCUACGAGUCCAAAAGAGAGGGGAACCAAAUGACAGCAUGGUAUGCUGUUUUCUCAUCCACACCGUGUGUUCGGUGAACGCCCUAUCUGCCGGUGGCUCCCGCGUGCUGUACUCCCGCGUUUUUGGGCCAGAGGACAACCCAGAGACCGACCCAGAGAGGAGACGCCUCCUCCAGAAGGAGAGACUGCUCCACUUGGCCCGACGCGUGCGGACUGCGGUGGGUUUGUACCGUGAUGCGGCGGGCGGUGCGUGCGUGGAGUGUGUGUUGGGCGAGGAGGCGGUGGCGUUGGGCGAGGCCGAGUUUGGCGUCCUGCGUCUCAGCGCCGGGGAACCGUUCGCCGUGGAGCGGACCGUUCUGUGGCUGGGGGUGCAGAACCUGGCCUUCAGUCUGGUCUGUGACGCGCACGAGAACCUGCUGCUAGCCGAGGGAACCCUGCGGAACCUCGCUCGUCACUGCAUGGAGGAGCUACGGCUUCUGGGGCCGGGCAGUGAGAUCCUGCUGAAAAGUGACCGCAUCGACGCCCUGCUCCACCGCUACCUUCCUCACGGGCAGCUCCUCUUCCUCAACCACCGCUUCACGCACCUCCUGGACAAAGAGCUGAGCGCCUACGGCACCAAAUGAGCCCAGUUGGUCACCUCCGCCAGACUGACCAGACCAGACUCGAUGUGACACUGAACUGUCCAGGGCUCACUCUGACCCGAGCUGUGCCGACAGCAACAGGGGCAGGCUGCAUCUCAGUGGUGGUCUUCAUGGUGAUGGUGAAGUUAAUGUCAGAAUGAGUGGUGGGGGCUGAGGACUAAACAGGGUCCCUCCCCUGCCACCAUGUUGGGCAGUAGCUCUGGCAAAGCCUUGGACAGUAGGAUGCUCAGGAUGGACGCAUGAUGUACAUCCUGAGUUGUCCAGAAGGGGGUGCUGUUUUCACAUAUUUUGUUAACGUCAAAUAUAGAAAAGUAGUGGUGCUAUAUGUUGGUGUGUUUGACUCCAUGUGUGUGUGUGUGUGUUGGCUGACCAUAUUGUUAUACUUUGUGUACAGCCGGAUGCAUCAUCUGCUGUUUAUGUAUGGAUUGCUGAAUGAGUGUUUGAUAAUACAGUGUUGAAUAGUAAAAGAUGUCUGGUGCAGGCUUUAUUGAGCUC